UCGGACAGUGUAAAGGUCUACAACGAGCCAAGGCGGCUUAUCAAAAGAUAUUUCAAGAAAAGGAAAUGCAUUGCAAUCCCUAUACCAUGUACGAGGCCCGAACAACUGGAGUCAAUGCCGGAUUCUAAGAUUGAGCCAGACUUUUUGCAACGGUUAAACGACUUGCACCAAUACCUAUGUCACAGUAGCCCUAAGAAAUUAAAAUCAGGAAAGCCGGUAAACGGAAGAAUGCUCAAAACGAUGAUAAUAAGCUACAUGAAGUCCGUGAAGGAAAACACGGCACCGUGUUUAGCCGAUGCUAUGAAACUGAUGGCUGACGAGGAAAAUCAGUUUGCAGUACGGAAAGCGUCUGAAUGCUACCAAGAAGAAAUGAUGAAGAGGAUUAGCAAGCACAUGCCAGAUGAGAAAGAGCUUGAGAGAUAUCACAAUGAGUGCAUGGACAUUGCUGUCAAUAAAUUGAAGGAACUUGUUGUUGUAAAUGACAGUGACAUAUUUAACAGAAAAGCGGCCGAAUGCUUUAAAAGUCAUUUGGAACGAUUCAAGUCGAUCGUAGAGAAGGACUCCAUUGAAAGAUGCAGGAUAUUUCUAAAACCAUUCGACAAGAAAAUUCAACAGAAGAUCAGAGAAAAGAAGUAUGCUCAUUCGCAUGGUUACAGCGAAUACUUUGAAGACAUCAACACGCUUGCUGAUGAAUUCACAAAGCAUGAACGUAACCUUGGAUCAAAGGCUAGAUCUGCCUUGCAGGAAUAUAUGGAUGCAAAGGUCAAAGAAGAGCAACUUGUUUACGAAAUGGUUAAAGACAAAAUCGGUGCUGAAUCAGAACGUCAAUUAGAUCGCCUUUCACCUGGAUCGCUUGUCAUGCCAAUGAAGUUUGAAGAUGUAACAAAAGAGGAACAUUCAGGUGAAAAGAAGGCACUUGAGUCAUUUAAAAUGAUUGAAAUGGAUGGGCUGGUGAAUAUUGGAUCUCAAAUCCUUGAGAAUCUGGAAAUGAAGUUUCUAGAGAUAGAAAAGGCUAAGGCCGAGUUGUCAGAAGACGACACAUACUAUAAGCAACUUGUAGCAGAGUACGACGACUUGAAAAAUAUUUACGAACAGGCGAAAUUCCCGCAGGGUCCACAGAUUCCGAAGCCGAUUCCAAAGCCAAAGCCGAUCAUGCCGGGAAAGGGUGAACAAGCAAAUGCUCCAAAAGGAAAGGAAACGCCAAAAUGUCCAAUACUUUGA